AUGUCCUCCCCGAAUACUCCAUCCAAUGUUGGCGGUUUGGCUCCAUCCAGUCUUGAGCAAAUCCUCAGACUUCGACAUGAACGAAAUCAGCGAACUCCCAAAUGUGCUCGAUGCCGAAAUCACGGUACUGUAUCAGCUUUGAAAGGUCAUAAGCGCUACUGUAAAUGGAAGGACUGUAUGUGUGCCAAAUGUACACUGAUAGCCGAAAGACAAAGAGUAAUGGCAGCUCAGGUGGCAUUGCGUCGUCAGCAAAGCCAAGAAGAAAAAGAAGCCAAAGAUUUGCAGAUUCUCUUAGGAGGGAAUGGUGAGUGA